UAAACUACAGAGAUUCCCACAUCCUUUAUUUAGUACAACAACACGUUUUCUUUCCUUACACACGAGAGUUCCUUGAAUUUGUACUAUUUGCUAUGGUUCGGUUUUGGUGAUUCAUUCAUCGCAACCAACAACAACGUGUCGAAGGUUCUCACAUCCCUUCACUUGGCUUGGUCAUUCGUUAAGAUAAAAAGAUAACCGUCCAUUUCACAUUUCCCAAGUCAAACAAAUCAUUUUUUAUUUAAUUACUUUAAUUAUUUUUCAAUUUUCAUUCUCUUAAUCGAUAAACGCGACAUGUUAGAGAAACUAAACUCUAUGCUUUGAUUUUCACUUUUAAUAUUCUUUAUUUCCCUCUUUCAAUUUUAUUCUUCCUUCGUGUCGUAGUUUAAUUUAUGCGAAGAUUUUCUGCACGCGGAUUCGAAUUCAGACCCUAAAGUUAGAGCUGCGAUUUAUCCAUGGCCGCGAUUUCUAGGCGCGUGCGGCAAUUAACCGGAUUAAAAGGUUUUGGAGCUUCCCGAAUAGCACCAUCAUAUUCGUUUCAAACUGCAAUCUUCGAUCCAUAUUCUUCAUCUUCAAUUUCAAGCACGAGAUGUUUUUCACAAACUCAAUUGGUGAAAUCCAAUGGAAAACACUUGUUUCUCGUUGAUACAUUGGCUCUUGUUAGGAGAUUAGAAGGACAAGGAGUGCCUUCAAAACAAGCUGAGGCUAUAACUGCUGCUAUAACUGAAGUUUUGAAUGAUAGUCUUGAAAAUGUGUCUCAGGCAUUGGUAUCAAAAGGAGAAAUGCAGAAAACUGAAAUGAUUCAAGAGUCCAACCUGUCCAAAUUCAAAUCAGAAGUACAGAGCUCACAGGGGCACCAUUUUUCUCUGUUGCAACAUGAGACUGAGAAGCUUAGGAAUGAUAUAGAGAAAAUGCGCAGUGAAUUGAGGUAUGAAAUGGACAAAGUCACUGCUGGGCAGCGAUUGGAUUUGAACCUCGAAAGGGGGAGAACUAGGGAGGAACUGUCAAAUCAGAGUGCUGAAACUAACAACCUGACCAACAAACUUGAUAGGGAGAUUCAUUCUUUAAGAGCACAACUGGAAGCAGCUAAAUAUGAGGUCAUAAAAUACUGCAUAGGAACACUUGUUUCAAUCUCUGCUGUUGGCCUUGCUGUUCUCCGCAUCUUGAUGUGAAUAGGUUAUGUGAUGUCUCAGUUAAAAUCUAUAAAAAGUAGGUGGAAUGGAAUCAAGAGUAAGCUAUUAGGAAGAUGUUGUAUGUUCUGUCAGAAACAAUUGCAAAAUUACAGUGCGGUGCUAAUGGAGCUGAAGGAACUAGCUACCCAUUAGGCAACAAUUGGGCCCUUUUUUAAGCCCUAUUCAUUCGACAAAUAUUCUUUAGAUUAUUCAUUGGCCAUGCUUUUGGGAUAUGUGCACGUGAUGAUAGUAUUAUGAUAAUAAUAUAAAUAUAGAUACACGCACCAUGGAGGCAAAGAUUAUAAUUGAUUUCAGCAAAUGAAUCUAGAUGCUGCUGUACACGCUCAAAAUUUAGUUGCUUCCUUUUGAAUUAUAUGUCUAAGAUAUAAGCUUGUUGUCACUGAUUUUAGAAUAAGUAGUACUUUCAAUUUAAUGGAAAUAUAGUGACUGUAAAACUGUUUUACAAUGCCAUGCCAUCUAAUGGUAGACUACUAUUUUGUCAUGUUAUACAA